AUGUGGCUUACCCACCCGCAUCUUAAGCAAAUUGUUGAAUCAGCUUGGUCUCAGCAGAACGAUUCGGAACCAACUCUAAAUCUACAGCUAAAGCUAAUCACAACUGGACAAAUUCUUAUGGAAUGGAACAAGGAAACCUUUGGUCAUCUCCCAAACUUGAUUAAGAAAUCAACAGCUCAAAUCCAACGGGCCCAGCAUCAGUGCGCGAUUACAUAUGGGGACGAUCUUGAGUACUGGAUAACACGAGAGAAAGAACUUCGUAGUCAACAUUUAAACUUACUUGAAUGCCAUGCAACAUAUUGGAAGCAAAGAUUCAGGAUACUAUGGCUUCAAUCUGGAGAUAAUAAUACGACGUUCUUCCACACGAAAGCAACUAUCCAUCGAAGUCGCAAUAAUAUUCAGCAACUCCAGGAUCCUCAAAAUAAAUGGGUAAGCGAAAAGGAUCAAGUAAUUCAGAUCAUCCUUGAUCAUUUCACCAACCAAUACACAGCUCCUCCUACAACAAUAGAUGAGACGUUAUUUGCGGAAAUCACGCCAAGAUUAACACCAGCUCAAUGUGACAAACUUUCAGCAGAAGUCAUGAUAGCAGAAAUCAAACAAGCUUUGUUCUCAAUAAAUUCUGAAAGUGCUCCUGGACCAGAUGGAUACACCAGUAAGUUCUUUAAAGUUUUUUGGGAAACUACACAAGUUUAG